AAAUUUGUAUUCUGCAGGAUUUACAAAUGGACGACAUUUGUUUCUGAAUUAAAGUCGAGCUGAAUUCAUAUAAAAGCAACGUAAAUUAAAAGCUAGCAAAGAAAACCCUAAAAUGCCGGAGUACAUUAUCGCAGGAAUACCAGUGCAUUUCCCUUUUGAACCAUACGAUGUGCAGACGGCUUAUAUGGAAAAGGUAAUCAAUUGCCUGCGUGAUGGAACUAAUGGUGUAUUGGAGUCUCCAACCGGAACAGGUAAAACACUAAGUCUGCUAUGCGCAUCCCUAGCCUGGAUACUGUCCCGAAGAGCAGAUUUGCAAUCGAUGCUGCAAAGGAAUAAUGUGGGAGGUGGUGCAACGUCCCAGCAAGGCGUUCCUGACUUGAAUGCAAUACAAGCGAGAAACGCUAAUUGGGGCAUUCCAAAAAUUAUAUACUCCUCGCGUACACAUUCUCAAUUAACACAAGCCAUGCAAGAAUUGAAGCGUACUUCUUACUCAUUUAUGAGGGCAGUGGUGUUGGGCUCACGCGAUCAAUUGUGCAUUCAUCCAGAAGUUAUGCGCGAACAAGGGAACUCCAACAAAGUGCAACUUUGCAAAUUGCGUAUACAGACGCGUACAUGUUCAUUCUAUAAUCGUGUCGAAUCCAAGAAAGAUAGUCCAGAAUUAAAAGAAUCGCCAAUAAUGGAUAUAGAAGAUUUAGUCAAAGUGGGGCAGAAACUUAAAGUGUGUCCUUAUUAUGCAUCCAAAGAGUUGACCAGCGAGGCGGAUAUUACAUUUAUGCCGUAUAACUAUCUAUUGGAUCCGAAAGCACGCAAAGCUAAUAAAGUGGAAUUGGGCAAUACUAUUGUGAUUUUAGAUGAGGCUCACAAUAUCGAAAAAAUUUGCGAAGAGUCAGCAUCAGUGCAAAUACGUUCAUCAGACAUUGCAUUGGCUAUUGAUGAUGUGACGCAUGUGAUGAAGGCAAUGAUGAAUGAAAAUUCAUUGGAUUUUAUGAGCGGUGAUGAACCGAAAGAUUUCAAACUCGAGGAUCUAGCGUUACUGAAAGAAAUGCUCCUGGACCUUGAAAAGGGGUUUGAUAACAUUGUGGUUGAAAACAAAGCAGAAGGAACUACGUUCCCGCCUUCGUACAUGUUUGAGUUGUUAGCCGCAGCGAAAAUAACUCCAGCUAAAGCACCUGCAACUAUAAGUUUACUCGAACGACUAAUUCAAUACAUGACUGUUCAGUCACAAAAUAGUGCAUUCCGGAAAGGUGCUAGCUUCGAUACGUUUUCCAAUCUUCUAAGCGUUGUAUUUGUUAAAAAGGAUGAUAUUGUAGAAAAGGUUCACAGAAGUUUUAAAGUGCAUGUACAGAUUGAGGAAGUAAAACAACAGAACAAAGGUUCUAACAAAGAUGGCUGGCUCUCAAAGGCAUCAAGUAACAAUACGGUUUCGACCAAAUUACCAAAAAUUAUUAAUUACUGGUGCUUCAAUCCCGGCUUUGGCAUGGAACAACUUUUGAAUGCUCAAACACGCAGCAUAAUUUUAACAAGUGGCACUCUAGCGCCUUUGAAGCCAUUAAUAGCUGAGUUAGCCGUACCAAUUGCUCAAAGUCUCGAAAAUCCGCAUAUUGUUAAUCAAUCGCAAGUUUUUGUAAAAAUCAUUGGCACAGGACCCGAUCGAGAACAACUGAUAUCAAAUUUUGCUAAUCGUGACAAUCCCAAGUAUCUUAGCUCCCUGGGUCAAACAAUACUCAAUGUGUCACGCAUCGUGCCAGAUGGUUUACUCGUUUUCUUCCCUUCAUACCCUUUGCUCAACCAGUGCGUGAAUGCUUGGCAGGCAAGCGGGGUGUGGGCUGAAGUGUGUCGACAUAAACCGAUUUUUGUAGAACCACGUAGUAAAGAAAGUUUUACCACAACUAUGGAGGAAUUCUAUAAAAGCAUACAUGACGCUAAGGGCGCUUGUUUUAUGGCAGUAUGUCGCGGCAAAGUAUCUGAGGGUCUCGAUUUCGCCGAUCGCAAUGGUCGUGCGGUUAUUAUUACAGGUUUGCCAUUCCCGCCAAUGAAAGAUCCGAAAGUUAUCUUGAAGAAACGCUAUUUGGAAGAUAAUCGCACUAAAGAAAAUGAACUACUAACAGGUCAAGCAUGGUACAGCUUGGAAGCGACUCGCGCCGUUAAUCAGGCGAUCGGACGCGUCAUACGUCAUCGGCAUGAUUACGGCGCUAUCCUAUUGUGUGAUGUACGCUUUGCCCAACCUAAUCAGGUGUCACAAUUAUCGAAAUGGGUGCGCGGUCAUUUAGGUGCGACACCAAAAAGUGUGCCCUUCGGUUCGAUUGUGCGGGAAUUACGUGAAUUCUUCCGAAAUGCUGACAAAACACUGCCAAAACCGAAAGAGCGCAGCAUAGAAGCACUUGUAAGUGAAACAUGUGAGGAAGCUGGUAUCGUUCAUAGUCGCUACUUCUCGGAUCCGAAGCUGGUGCUUGAAGCGAAACAAAAAUUUGCUACAGCCCAUUCAAUGGCGAUAAAAGUUGAGAAAACCAAUACUAUUGAAAGCUGGACACCUGAUGACUACAAAACAGCCGCAGGACGCUCACAAAAUAGUCAGGUACCUAGCGCAAUGGACUUUAUGAGUCGGCUUGAUACUAAUGUUAAGGCUAUAGAUUUUAAUAGCGCCAGCAGCAGUGCUCAAGUUAGCAUUUACAAACGUGAGCGAAACUCGCCGAUUGCAAGCCCAAGUAGUAGCGGCCAAAGUUCUAGUGUAUUUCCUACCAAUAGUAAGAAGCGCUACAAAUUAAUUACGGAUACCUCUGUUCCAGAGUCACCCACAAGUAGUACACAGUUCUCUCUAAAUGAAUUUGGUUUCAAAUCGAAAACGAAAUUAUCGCAUGACCCUCCAGUAAUAGAGAAGGAAGCGCCGCAAGAGCGCCUGGAGUUUUUAAGAAUAUUACGGAGUUCCCUGCCACCAGAUGACUUUAGUGCUUUCACCGCAGGGCUGAUGGCAUAUAGUCGUCAGGAUGAAUUCGAAGAAUUUCUAAAAAUUUUGGUGCGAAUAAUGGGCAAACCCGAAUUGCAUUAUAUGUUACGUGGCAUGCGACGAUUUAUAAAAACUUCGCAUAAAUUGUUGUUUGAUGAAGGCACGGCACAUAUUUUGUCAUAGUUUUUUUAAGAUAGUAUUUAUAGUGAGUUAUUUCAAAAUGCAAGAGACAUUUUUUUUAUUUUCACAUCAAACACCUGUAUGUAUUUUUUAAAAUAAACAUUUUUUUAAUAUGGAUUUGCGUCAGUCACUAAA